UAUUCAUUUUGUAGCUCAGAAUAAAAACUCAUAUUAACUAAAAAAGCCUAUAAUUAAUCUUAUACGUUAAAAUGUUUUUUAAACUAAUUAUUUUUUUAACAUGUUGGUCAAUAUUUAAUUGUACAAAGGAAAAAUCCGAACAGGAGGAUGAAGCUGUACUCCAAGUUUUCAAGGAGGCUAUGGAACAUUUUAAUCAAACAUCUGGUCUUAAGAUGAACGAAUUUUUACUGAUUGUUGGUGACGAUGAGGACACUCUAGACACUAUUAAAUUUUACUUCGAGAUAACUCCACAAGCAAAACAUUUAAGGGAUAAUAUAACUGAAGAAAUAUUUGUUGGUUUGGUUAAAAUAAUUUGUAGCGUUUGUAGCGUUCCUUUAAUGCAUCUAGUUGAAUAUAUGAUGAUUCAAAUUACAAAUCUAAAGUCGCCUAACGGAACAACAAGUAGUAAAAAAACUUUUGAGCGAAAUGAAUCAAUUGCUAGUAAUAAUCCAACUGAAUCAUCUUCUAGUAAUCAGCCAACUGAAUCAUCUUCUAGUAAUCGGCCGUCUAAACAAUGAUAAUAAAAAAAAUUAUUAUUAUUAUUGUAAUUCGUAACACUUUAUAUUAAAUAUUACAAAUGUUCUAAUAAAUCAAAUAUUGCAGUAAAACCAAA